CCCUCCCUGGCUCCUGAAUCUUCUGCUCACUCGUCCUCAAGCAGAUUCACCUGUAUUGCCAGAAUGCCUAAACUUCUUAACAGCAUACUCAAUGUGAGUAAGGUAUUCCAGAAAUAUGCUGAACACCACGGGGAGCACACUUUCCUGAGCAAGGAGGAGUUGAAGCAGCUGCUUCUCACUGAGUUUGGAAACAUCCUUCGGAGACCAAAUGACCCAGACACCGUGGAAAUCAUUCUGGAACACUUGGACCGAGACAGAAAUGGAUAUGUUGAUUUUCAGGAAUACCUCUUGUUGGUGUUCCAACUGGUCCAAGCCUGUCACCAUAAGCUAGACAGUAAGGUGUGUGGAGCUGGAACUUCCUCCCAGAAAGAAUGUGGUCAGAAAGGGAUACAGAGCCACACGUUUUCAGAAAACACAGGCAGAAAAGAUAGGCAGAGCUCUCACCACAGCCCCUCUGAGGGACAGAAUCAGGAUGUCCAACAUGGUCAUUCUCAGAGACAAGAUAAGGACUCCCAUGGUCACUCUGAGAGACAUGAUACAGGCUCUCACUAUAGUCAGUCAGAGAGACAAAAUAGGGACAACCAUGGUCAGUCAGAGGGAUUCCAUCAGGACUCCCACCAUGGUUGUUUUGAGAGACAAGACACAGAUUAUAGCUCUGAUCAGUCUGAGACAGACGAUCAACAGUCUAGCUCUGGUCAAAGCCUGAGUUAUAAAUCUAACAAUGACAAGCCCAAAAGCCAAGGAUAUAUCUUUGCCUUAAAUCAUUCUGAGGACCCAGCUCAGGUUUCUUAUGGCCAGUCAAAAACAUUUAGACAACAAAGCAGCCAUAGCCAGUCUGGAAGAUUCCGACAAGAUUCUUAUUCUAGUAAAACCAGUCAAAAACAACCUGAUUCUUAUGAACAACAUGGAAGCCUUCAUCAGAAAUCAAGCAACAGUCAGACAGACAUACAGGUCCAGAAUUCUCAUUAUGGCCAGAAAGACAAACAAGGGCAUAGUUUUCAACAUGGUCAAACAGAUGGACAAGGCCAGAGUUUCCAUUAUGGCCAAAUGGAUAAGCAAGGCCAGAAGGGUUUCCAAUAUGGUCAGACAGAUGGACAAGGUCAGAGUUCUCAUUAUGGUCAGACAAAGAACAAAGGCCAGAAUUUUCAUUUUGGUCAGAAAGGUGGACAAGGCCAAAGUUCUCACCAGGGUCAGGCAGGAAGAAAAGGUCAGAGCUCUUACCAGGGUCAGACAGCCAGCCAGAGUUCUUACCAGGGUCAGAUAGGAAUAAAAGGUCAGAGCUCUCACCAGAGUCAGACAGACAGCCAGAGUUCUUACCAGGGUCAUAUAGGAAGAAAAGGUCAGAGCUCUUACCAGGGUCAGACAGAUAGCCAGAGUUCUUACCAGGGUCAGAAAGGCAACCAGGGUCAGAUAGGAAUAAAAGGUCAGAGCUCUCACCAGAGUCAGACAGAUAGCCAGAGUUCUUACCAGGGUCAGAUAGGAAGAAAAGGUCAGAGCUCUCACCAGAGUCAGACAGCCAGCCAGAGAUCUUACCAUGGUCAGAAAGGCAGUCAAGGCCAGAGUUCUCAGCAGGGUCAGACAGGCAGUCAAGAUGAGAGCUCACGUUGGCAUCGGACAGACAGCCAGACCUAUCACCAGGGUCACACAGGUAGUCAAGGCCAGAGUUCUCAGCAGGGUCACACAGGCAGUCAAGAUGAGAGCUCACGUUGGCAUCGGACAGACAGCCAGACCUAUCACCAGGGUCACACAGGCAGUCAAGGCCAGAGUUCUCAGCAGGGCAGUCAAGACCAGAAUUCACAUUGGCAUCGGACAGACAGCCAGACCUAUCACCAGGGUCACACAGGCAGUCAAGGCCAGAGUUCUCAGCAGGGUCACACAGGCAGUCAAGAUGAGAGCUCACGUUGGCAUCGGACAGACAGCCAGACCUAUCACCAGGGUCAGACAGGCAGACAAGGCCAGAGUUCUCAGCAGGGCAGUCAAGACCAGAAUUCACAUUGGCAUCGAACAGACAGCCAGACCUAUCACCAGGGUCAGACAGGCAGACAAGACCAGAGUUCUCAGCAGGGCCACACAGGCAGUCAAGAUGAGAGCUCAGGUUGGCAUCGGACAGACAGCCAGACCUAUCACCAGGGUCAGACAGGCAGUCAAGGCCAGAGUUCUCAGCAAGGUCAGUCAGGCAGUCAAGAUGAGAGCUCACAUUGGCAUCGGACAGACAGUCAGAGUUACCACCAGGGUCAGACAGGCAGUCAAGGCCAGAAUUCUCAGCAGGGUCACACAGGCAGUCAAGAUGAGAGCUCACGUUGGCAUCGGACAGACAGCCAGACCUAUCACCAGGGUCACACAGGCAGACAAGGCCAGAGUUCUCAUCAGGGCAGUCAAGACCAGAGUUCACAUUGGCAUCGGACAGACAGUCAGACCUAUCACCAGGGUCAGACAGGCAGUCAAGGCCAGAGUUCUCAGCAAGGUCAGUCAGGCAGUCAAGAUGAGAGCUCACAUUGGCAUCGGACAGACAGUCAGAGUUACCACCAGGGUCAGACAGGCAGACAAGACCAGAGUCCUCAGCAGGGGCAGACAAGCCGAGAAGGCCAGAGUUACCACUGUGGGAAGUCAGAGAUUGGGAAAACUGAACUUCAAGGGCAAAACAGGUAUUUCCAAGGAACUGAUGAAACAAGAAGACACUCAUAUGUUGAACAAUCUGGAAGGUCAGGAAAACUAAGUCAACAGACUUCAAGAGAAGAAGUGACCCAAACCCAGAGACAGGGAUUCCAGGAUAGGAGGAAACAGCAAACCCACCACCAGGCAUGGAAGCCUGAAGAGGAUAAUCAACACAAACUCUUAGCUCAGAUACAGCAAGAAGAGCCACACUCCCACAACGAGUAUGACUGGCAAUCACAGAGUAGUGAGGAGAGCCACUGGGAAGAGGAAGGGCAUCAUCAAUUCUGGGAUAGACACAGUCUUGAGGAUCAGGAAGGUCUGUAUGAGAUACAAACCCAUGAAGAUGAACAAAGCCAUCAGACAAGGGAUAUGCACACCCAUGUAGACAAGCAGAACCGGAAAAGACAACACAGGCAAACUCAUGAAGAACACCAAGAUCAUCGACAUGGUAGACAAACCCAUGAAGAUGAACAAAACCAUGAGAGGAAAGACAAACAUCAAAAUCAACAUCAACAAUGGGAUAGACAAACUCAUGAAGAAAGUAAAAGGUAUCAAGGAUCCCAAGACCAAUCCAGAAGCUUCCCCAACAAAGAAAGAUUCCACAAGAAUGAAGAUGAUCAGUGCCAAGAAUUCGAGGGAAGACAUUUCCAUCAAACCCAUGGAGGUGAGAGGUCCCAAAGAAGAGAACAAUAUGGAAACCACUCUACCAAAACAUCUAACUCCCCCAACCCCCUCUAUGACUACGUACGAGAGCAAGCCACAUAUCAUUACUAGUCUGCAUGAGCACCAGAGGUAAUGAAGAAACCUACAUGUCAAUUCAUCUUUGCUUCUGUUUAAAAGGUUGAAGUUGUAUGUCAUCCUUCUCUUUUUUAAUCUACCUAUGAGAAUGCUUUUGAAGACUAGUCUAGUACUCAUUUUUUGAAAUUUCCAUUCCUUGAGUAGCAAUUCUAGAGUUAUUUGGUUGGGUGGAGUAAAUUGGGUGAACUAAUCAAUCUCUACUUUGAUCACUUUGUGGAUUUGAAUCAUUCCUAGUUUGUGUUCAGUUUAGGUGAUGCUUAAUUGAAUCAUUGAAUAGCAGAACAUUCUCCCUAAAGUUUAGAAACAGGAAAAGGUACAAUGAAGACUUAUACUACAUUUGAAAAAAUGGAUUUUGGACUUUGGUGAUCUUUGGCUGCUGUGGGCAAAAUAUCAGUAACCACAAGCUUCAUAGUCUAGACUUUGGAAAGCACACUGAGAAGCCUCUAGGAGAGAGAUAGAGAUCACAGAGAGCUUCUCUGAUACUAACAUCUCUGAAGUCUCAGGUCCUAUUGAUGGAUCGUGAGAGCUGACCAGACCAAUCCAUCACAUAGACAGAAAAUAUAUUUCAUCUGUUUGAAGAUCCCUGGUAACCCAAACUACCAAUUCUGAAAACCUUUUCAACAAAGACCAUGUGUAGAACAUGAAAUUAUAUUAAAACCUCAAUAAAUGAUUGGUGAGCAAUGA